GUUAAUGAAUCAAGUUUUUACACGUUCAUUAGGAUUAGAACCAUGGCAUGUCGCAUAGAACACCCAGAGAACAUGCAGGUUUAAAAGUGAUGAUUAAGAUUAAUAACAUUGCAUUUAUAUAGUUGAAUCACACGUAAAACUAAAGGUAGUUAGUGCUAUUUAAUGCACGCCGCACUUUUGUAUUUCGGGAAGCGUUCAUCUCAAAGGCUGAGAAAGACCAACACUAGCUAACACUGGCAGCCAUAAUUUAGUCAGUCUGCAGGAUGGCAUAUGAACUGCAUAAUUCUCUUGCGGACGUAGUGGUUGUAGUUGGUAUAGACAGUGAUACAGGCCUGAAACCUCUCACUGCACAGCCUGAGGAUACAGAAGAUAUAUUCCAUUGCGAAUAUGCUUCUCAACUGCUGGCAGUUAUCUCGGACGUCUGCGCACAGUAUCCAUCAUGCAGUGAGCCACGUGAUUAUAAUUAUCCGCCAGCUGAACUCAGGGUAAAGAAGUACAAGAGAAGCACUCUAACUCGUAGGGCGACCAUCAAGGUUGUAGCAACUGAUGACAUGGAGCCAGUAUCUGUGGACGAUUACAAUAUUCCUGCUCUGUGUCUGCCAGAUGGUGCAUUUAUAAAACAACAUCCUCACGAAGCAAGGGUACAUUCGUUUGUGCUGACACACAUUACAGGCGAUAGAAAAUAUGCUACCUGUAUCACAUACUACCGACCUUUUAUUGCGGAAAAGGUUGGAACAAAAAACUCUCACUACAGACUCGAACCAGAAUUGUUUUCCUCAGAACUGACGGAUGAUAUUGAAAGCCAAAUAAGGUGUUUUGUCCCUACCUGUUGUGUGGUGGUGUCACGGUACCCUAACUUUGAGAUUAUGAAGGAUUGUUUGUCAUGUUUAGUUGCUAGAUUGAAGGAAUUUCCUUCAAAGUUCAAAUCCAGAAUUCAAGAGUUUGCGUUGACUGUGACACGUGUGCCAGUGCCACCACAUGGCCUGCUGCAUGUAUCAUUCCAGAUGGGAGAUCUACAUCUCAUAGUAAGACCACCGGCCAGCUGUGGCCGGCUGCCUGUGGAUAUUCCACUCAACCACAUAUUCCACUACUUCUCGCUUGACAACGUACUUCGAAUAAUUACCUGCCUGCUCAUGCAGCGGAACAUGGUGUUCGUUUCUUCGAACAUCGCUCUCCUUGUGCCCGUCAUAGAGGGGUUUCAAGCACUCAUCCAUCCGUUCGUGUGGCGGUUUGUGUACGUGCCCUUAGUGCCCAAAGCGUUCCUCGAUUUGUUGGAAGCACCAGGGACGAACCUGUAUGGCUGUCACAAAUCUAGCCUCAGCAAGAUAUCAAAGGUGCGUGUGGUGCGGCUCAUUUCACCACACUGCAAAAAUUAUUUUUCCAUAAGUACGACACUUCAUAGCUCAUGCUUUCCACGAAUGAAAGCAGAGUUUCAACAGAAUUGCAACAAUCAGAUUUUGCUCACCUUCUUUCAGCUUAUGGUCAACAUAUUCUAUGAUGUUCCUGAAUUUCUCAAAGCAGACAAAAAACAUUUCAACAAGGAGCAAUUUCUCGAGUGCCAAUCCGAAGCAGACCGACCCUUCUACUGCAUGGUAAUGCACACGGACAUGUUCCGGCAGUUCCUGAACAACCUUAUUGACCACAAGAUAGACUGGAGUCGUGCAUUCAUGCUGCCUUCCACAACAGACCAGCAGCCGUCUUCCAUGCCUGCUAGGCGGUACACAGCAGGUGCUAGUACCAGAAAAUCGCGAACGCUGAUGAAGAAAAGUUCAAGUACGUAUGCAUCAUUAAACGAUGUUGCUGAACCAUUGCAAAAGACCAGCGAGUUUCUAGUGCCGCAUGUGAUGAGCGAGAAAGGUACUCUGCAUUACUACCAGCGGUGCAUCCAGCAGCUUAAUAACCUCCAACAUGCUACCAAGUCAAAGGAGGUGCUAUGUUCGUGCCUAUAUAUGAAGGGUUUGAUGGAGAUAGCAGCUGGGCAGUUGAUGGAAGGUCUGCAAACUCUGAAUGAGCUUAAUGACAUGGACUUUAAGCUGUUUCCUAUAGAUGUGGUGCAGAAAGUGAUGCUGACAUCGUCAGAGAAGCAGAGAGGGGAACUUGAGCAGAUGGCAUUUUUUCGCGACAAUUCCAUGUGGAAGAAACUGGCCAGCAGUGAGACGCUGGGACGUGCAUACAGGGACCUCACUGUUUCCAUAGAGAGCAUUCCAAAGCGACCAGUCAAUCUGGAGACGUUUGCAAAGCACGUGGAACAACUGGACAUUGCGGUAGAUCAUGAAGUCAUAACCCGGCUGUUCCGCGCGCUUACGUUCAAUAAGGACGAUGUCGUGGCACCGAAGGUGUUCAAGCGGUUCUAUGACACGUGGAACAGUCAGGAGCUCGAGUGUCAGCAGGUAGACCUUCCCACGUGCUUGGAGAGGCUCGACUGGAACGAGUGCAUACUGAAGGUGUCUGCGCCAGUGAAGACGGACUACGGAAUGGGACGAAUCGGCCUCACACAGAAACGGUUGUUUUACCUAGAAGAUACAACGAAUGAAUAUCAAGAGAUAAUUCAGCUCAGAGAUAUUGACAGCAUUGAGAAAUUCAACUGGCUCUCUGUGUUUUCAAACCCGCGAAAUCCGUCUGUGCGGAUAUACAGCAAAGUAAAGGGAGCAAAGCCAUUCAGGGCUGCACUGAAGAAGGAAUGCGACAUCUGCUUAGCUGUCAUUAAGGAGUUGUGGUCAGGAAGGCUGAGGUCAGUCGAAGAACAGGACAUACAUCUGAUACAGCAGGCAGCGAGGAAUGGACUGAUCGUCGAUGCGUUCCUUACAAGUCACCAGAAGACGAAGCAGCCGUGGUCGGAGGUGCUGGCGGCCGCCGCGGGGCUGUGCUACUUCACGCAGUGCAGCGCGGCAGCGGCGGCGUCGCAGCAGCAGCAGCAGAGCAUGCGCGUGGAUGCCGUGUGCGAUCGCUUCAUGCUCGCGCACCGCAUCAACCCGUCGGCGACGGAGGCUGAGCGCGCGACGGUCGAGGCCCUGCUCUACAUACCAGGAAAUGGUGAAGACCUAGUCAGUCCCAAGCUGUGGGUUGCAUUAGGCAGUGACAGAGUAAUGGUGUAUGAUGCUGCCACCUGGAUACCAGAACCAACUGUUGUGAAUGUUCCUUCUCGCGUGUACCGCUUUCUGCAAGUGGGAGAGAAGCACAUCUGGGCCGCAGCCAAAGAUGGUACAAUACACGUCAUUGCCAUGGAAACGGUCGCGGUAUCCCGCAAGCUGCUAGCUCAUGGCGACACCAUCUCCGAUCUAGGCGUCACUGUGGACAACACGAAAGUGUAUUCGGGGAGCCUGGAUGGUCAUGUGUUCAUCUGGAAUCCCGAAACCUUUGAGAACACGGAUUUCUUCCUGCCUAAGCGGGAGCUGAUCGGCAUUUCUGCAGACGAUAACGAGAAUCUCUGGUGUGGCAUGAGAGACAGUAUUGUGCUAGUGAAGGAGGAUGGAACUCUACUCAAAACCCUCGAGCUGUACGACAUCUGGGGCAAGCCAAGCUUCCUCGAGUGCUUUCUCAUCAAACAGAACGAACUGUGGGCAGGUUUUAGCAGAUCUGGGGAAAUUAUCGUCUGGAAUCUGGAGUCAUGGGCCGAGCAAACCAGGCUGACAUUGGAAAGUUGCUCGGGCAUUUCAUACAUGGUCACUGCCAAGGACAAGGUGUGCGUGGGGACGCUCUGUGGGAAGCUGAACAUGAUCAGCUCCCGCGGCGGGCAGGCGGAGCUGGAGAACCACUGCGUCGCGCACCACGACACGAUCCGCACGAUAUGUAACAUCGGUGAUAAGUACGUCGCGACGGGCUCGGGCAGCAAGGACGGCCGCAUCGCCAUCUGGAGGGUCCCGCUGCAACGCGAGGGUCACGUCGUGUCGUCGUCCUCCGCCGAGGUGGCGACGCGUUACGUGUGAACACAGGUGGCGACACCGUCACACCGAGGUGGUGACGCGUUACGUGUGAACACAGGUGGCGACACCAUCACACCGAGGUGGUGACGCGUUACGUGUGAACACAGGUGGCGACACCAUCACACCGAGGUGGUGACGCGUUACGCGUGAACACAGGUGGCGACACCAUCACACCGAGGUGGUGACGCGUUGUUGCUGAAUGUAGGUGGCGACACCUUUACUGUGGGGGGGGCAGUGAUGUGUUAUAUAUGUGAACACAGGUGGCGAUAGCUUCGCCAUGGUAGCAAUGUGUUAUCUGUGACAUGUUAUCUCUGAACACAGGUGGGGACAUUCUGACUGGGGGGUAGUGACACGUUAUCUGAGAACACAGGUGGGUACACCUUCGCUAGGGGAGGAAGGGACAGUGAUGCGUUAUAUGUAAGCCAGGUGGUGAUGUGAUAUCUCCAAACACAGGUGGCGACACCAUCACUGAUGUAGUGACACGUUAUCUUUGAACACAGGUGGCGACACCAUCACUGAUGUAGUGACAAGUUACCUUUGAACACAGGUGGCGACACCAUCACUGGGGGGGUAGUGAGUCAUUAUGCGUGAACGCAGGUAGCAAAAGCUUCAAUGAUGUGUUGACGUGCUAUGUGUGAACAUAGGUGGUAACACCUUUGCUGAGGUAGUGAGGUGCUAUACAUAUAUACAUACAUACAUACAUAUGUGACCUAGAUGGGCAUGUAUACAAAUAUGAGCAUACAUGUUCGUGAUAUCAUUUGCCAUGUCGGCAGGAAAAUAUGUGCAUACAUAUAGUUAUAUACGUAGUAAAUAUAUGAGUAUACAUAUUUUCAUGUGUGUCAUCCGUUGAAGAUAUUUGUCGCCAUUCGUGAAAGGUGCUGCUUACGUCUGUGCGCUGUAGGAUCUUACAAAUCUAUACUCAAUGUAUACCAAUCUAUUACUUAAGAUUUCCAUGUGCCGAUUAACCUUCGGUGAGGCUGCAGCUUAAUAUCUUAGAAGUGGUAUCCAUUAGAGGCAGAUAACCAUUGGAUAUGGUCACUAGAUCAGGUCGAGUCGGGGAUUUAUACGUGGUUUUCGCACGCACGCCAAAUUGUCAACGUUGUACGGCAAGGUUUUUAGGUCUUUAUUAUGGAAUUAUCUGAAAUGGUCCAUACGAAGGCAGCUAAUGAUGUAAUACCAGUUUACGUUGUUGUAAUGUAUGUGUAUUGGUAGCUCCAAGAAACGGUAUUGCUAGGGGUAGAAUACUAUAUAUAGACAAUCCGUCGCACAGCCUGGUAUAGACAAUCCGUCGCACAGCCUGGUCGGGCUAGUGUAUUGGGAGCCCGUGUGUCUAGACAGAAGCCACGUUAUUUGGGGUUUACUUGUUCUCAUGUUCUUGUGAUGAGUGCAGUUGAGUAGUGUUAUUUACUUUUGGUGAUAUAACAGGAGAUUCAUUGAUGAUUGUAUUAGUUUCUCAGGUUUUUGCAACGUUCGUACAAUUAUGAGUAUGCUUCGUAAGCUUCAUGAGUUGGAUCACUGUGGGAUGGUGGUCUGUCAUCAUAUGUAAUGUUAGUAUUAGCCUAUUAGGACAGUUGGGGUGUAAAUUAUGUGAACGGUUUACACAGCAACCCUCGUGUAAUCCUGAUUUCUAGAUUUAAAGCUUAAAACUAAAUGAAUUAUAUCCUGGCCAAUAUUUAUGCAACAGUAUAUGCCACGGUAUAUUAUUCUAUUUGCACAUAUUUAUAGUUAUAUUAUGUGACAGACCGGUCGAAACAUGCAUAUAUGCCUUUGUGAUAAUUGUUUUCGUAUUGUAUGCCCAGCAACUGUAAAUAAUGCUGUUUUUUUUAAUGCAUAAGUGUAGUGUACGAUAUCAUUGUUAAAUAGGGUCACGUCUCGGUAAACUAUGCUUAUAUACGUUUAUGUUCAAUCAGAAAAACUUUGUUAUUGUUUGCAGGACUUGUGCAAUAGCACCCACCUAUUAAUUCAAAAUCACGUAAAAUGCAUAUCAGAUAUCCUUGCUCAGUUACCCUUGCUUGAUUAUCCUAUUAUUCGGGAAAGGAAUGAUACACAUGUACCUACAUCGAGAUGAACAUAAGUUGCACAGAUGUGGUCUAAAGUCAUGCAGGCAAUUUUGGUGGGAGAACUUUUCUGAAUGUUUGCAACAUUUAUUCUGUCAAAGUCAAAUCGUGUAGCGAACGUACGAUCGUUCAAUAUUUAUUAAAAAAAGAUAUAAAGUUA